UCCAUCAAAUGUGGCUAUGGUAGGAAUAGCCAAUGGUGGGACAUUUUUGGAGUCUAGCCAAAACAUAAAGGCCGGUCCAAUGCUUCAAAUGACCCAUUAACGGAAGUGGCCAAACCACCAAAUUCAGGCAUCUCCACCAAAAAUUAGUUUUUUAUACACAAAAGAUUCAACAAUUAGUACUUCUUUAAGCCUUCCUAAUUCUUUAUCAGGGGUAUCUUUUUGUGGGUAACUGCCAAACCACCACAAAUUUUGAGUUCCCACUCUUAACUCUUUCAAUUUCAACACAACAAAUUAGUAUUUGCUUUUCCUUCUUUGCUCAUCUUGUGUGCAUAACGAUUUCCUACAUCUUUAGCAUAAUCUUGGUUUAGAAUCCACAACGUGAAACACAACUCCUUGGCGGUUUCAUACCGAGGUUUUGCUGAUAUUAAGUUCAGUAAAAUGCCCCAAAUUGGACUUGUUUCUGCUGUUAACUUGAGAGUCCAAGGUAAUUCAGCUUAUCUUUGGAGCUCGAGGUCUUCUUUGGGGACUGAAAGUCAAGUUGGUCAUGUGCAAAGGUAUUCAUUAUGUUUUGGUGGUAGCGACUCCAUGGGGCAUAAGUUAAAGAUUCGUACUCCCAAUGCCACGACCAGAAGAUUGACAAAGGACUUUAAUCCUUUAAAGGUAGUCUGCAUUGAUUAUCCAAGACCAGAGCUAGACAAUACAGUUAACUAUUUGGAGGCGGCGUUAUUAUCAUCAUCAUUUCGUACUUCCUCACGCCCAACUAAACCAUUGGAGAUUGUUAUUGCUGGUGCAGGUCUGGGUGGUUUGUCUACAGCAAAAUAUCUGGCAGAUGCUGGUCACAAACCGCUAUUGCUGGAGGCAAGAGAUGUCCUAGGUGGAAAGGUAGCUGCAUGGAAAGAUGAUGAUGGAGAUUGGUAUGAGACUGGGUUGCAUAUAUUCUUUGGGGCUUACCCAAAUAUGCAGAACCUGUUUGGAGAACUAGGGAUUAACGAUCGGUUGCAGUGGAAGGAACAUUCAAUGAUAUUUGCGAUGCCUAACAAGCCAGGGGAAUUCAGCCGCUUUGAUUUUCCUGAAGCUCUUCCUGCGCCAUUAAAUGGAAUUUUGGCCAUACUAAAGAACAAUGAAAUGCUUACAUGGCCCGAAAAAGUCAAAUUUGCUAUUGGACUCUUGCCAGCAAUGCUUGGAGGGCAAUCUUAUGUUGAAGCUCAAGACGGUUUAAGUGUUAAGGACUGGAUGAGAAAGCAAGGUGUGCCUGAUAGGGUGACAGAUGAGGUGUUCAUUGCCAUGUCAAAGGCACUUAACUUCAUAAACCCUGACGAGCUUUCGAUGCAGUGCAUUUUGAUUGCUUUGAACAGAUUUCUUCAGGAGAAACAUGGUUCAAAAAUGGCCUUUUUAGAUGGUAACCCUCCUGAGAGACUUUGCAUGCCGAUUGUUGAACAUAUUGAGUCAAAAGGUGGCCAAGUCAGACUAAACUCACGAAUAAAAAAGAUUGAGCUGAAUGAGGAUGGAAGUGUCAAAUGUUUUAUACUAAAUAAUGGCAGUACAAUUAAAGGAGAUGCUUUUGUGUUUGCCACUCCAGUGGAUAUCUUCAAGCUUCUUUUGCCUGAAGACUGGAAAGAGAUCCCAUAUUUCCAAAAGUUGGAGAAGCUAGUGGGAGUUCCUGUGAUAAAUGUCCAUAUAUGGUUUGACAGAAAACUGAAGAACACAUCUGAUAAUCUGCUCUUCAGCAGAAGUCCACUGCUCAGUGUGUAUGCUGACAUGUCUGUUACAUGUAAGGAAUAUUACAACCCCAAUCAGUCUAUGUUGGAAUUGGUAUUUGCACCUGCAGAAGAGUGGAUAAAUCGUAGUGACUCAGAAAUUAUUGAUGCUACAAUGAAGGAACUAGCAAAGCUUUUCCCUGAUGAAAUUUCGGCAGAUCAGAGCAAAGCAAAAAUAUUGAAGUAUCAUGUUGUCAAAACCCCAAGGUCUGUUUAUAAAACUGUGCCAGGUUGUGAACCCUGUCGGCCCUUGCAAAGAUCCCCUAUAGAGGGGUUUUAUUUAGCUGGUGACUACACGAAACAGAAGUACUUGGCUUCAAUGGAAGGUGCUGUCUUAUCAGGAAAGCUUUGUGCCCAAGCUAUUGUACAGGAUUACGAGUUACUUCUUGGCCGGAGCCAGAAGAAGUUGGCAGAAGCAAGCGUAGUUUAGCAUAGUGAACUAAAAUGUUGCUUCUGUACACUAAAUUUAAGAUGAAGGCGGCCACGCUGAAUUAGCGUUGUACACAACAUAUACUAGCACAGUACAACAUUGAACCCAAAUACGAGAAAUGUUACACAAAUAUCUGCUGCUUUCCCUCCGA